CACACUAGUGCCACCCACAACCAGAUUACGCAUGCGUUAUAUGCUGUUCACUCUAACUUAUUGUCGUUCAUUAGCGAUUAAAAAAUACAGUGGAUCAUUGGAACAAUUUGUCACUGGAAACACUAGAGUUUUCAGCAAAUUAACAUACGUGAGAAUUGGUAUGGGUGUCCAAACAAUACAAAAUGGGUAUCGCUUUCGCGAGACAUCAAUUUGAAGAUUCAUUACUGUUGAAGAAAUAUCAAAUGAUAAGUUUGGGAGAUACAAUCCAUGAGAAAGGCGGUUUUCCAACAGCUUUUGUGGUUGGGAGCCCCCCCUUGUCACCACUGCCGAAGCGUUCUCAAUCUCUCCCAUAAUCUUUGCUGUACAUUUUACAAAACAUUCGUAACUCAACCCCGGCGACAGGAUGCCAGAUCAUUUAGGCAAUGAUAUGAGAAAAAUUAGAGACGAUGAAAAGGAAGAAAAAGAAAUUAAAUCUCUGGACGAAGGUGAUAUUCAGCUGUUGAAGACAUAUGGUCAAGGACAAUACACAAAAAGUAUUAAAACUGUUGAAGAGGAUAUUCAGACUAUAAUCAAGAGAGUUAAUGAAUUAACUGGCAUCAAAGAAUCAGAUACAGGACUGGCACCUCCUGCCUUAUGGGAUUUAGCCGCAGAUAAACAAACUUUGCAGAAUGAACAACCGUUGCAAGUUGCACGUUGCACGAAGAUUAUUAAUGCGGAUUCAGACGAUCCCAAAUAUAUAAUUAAUGUGAAACAAUUCGCGAAAUUUGUUGUUGAUCUAGCUGAUUUAGUUGCCCCUACUGAUAUUGAAGAAGGAAUGAGAGUUGGUGUGGAUCGCAAUAAAUAUCAAAUACACAUUCCACUGCCACCGAAAAUUGAUUCAACCGUAACAAUGAUGCAAGUUGAAGAAAAACCUGAUGUAACUUACAGCGAUGUUGGUGGCUGUAAAGAACAAAUUGAGAAGCUAAGAGAAGUUGUUGAAACACCUCUGUUACAUCCCGAGAAAUUUGUCAAUCUUGGUAUUGAACCUCCCAAAGGUGUACUCCUUUUUGGUCCUCCCGGUACAGGCAAAACCCUUUGUGCCCGUGCAGUGGCCAAUAGAACUGAUGCUUGCUUUAUUCGUGUAAUUGGAUCCGAGUUAGUUCAAAAAUAUGUUGGCGAGGGUGCAAGGAUGGUUAGGGAGCUUUUUGAAAUGGCAAGAAGCAAGAAAGCUUGUCUCAUAUUUUUCGACGAAAUUGAUGCCAUUGGAGGAGCUAGAUUCGAUGAUGGAGCCGGUGGUGAUAAUGAAGUUCAGCGUACAAUGCUUGAACUUAUUAAUCAACUUGAUGGAUUCGAUCCACGUGGAAAUAUCAAAGUUUUGAUGGCCACCAACAGACCAGAUACUCUAGACCCGGCUCUGAUGCGUCCUGGAAGACUCGAUAGAAAAGUGGAAUUUGGUUUACCGGACUUGGAAGGAAGAACCCAUAUUUUCAAAAUUCAUGCUCGUUCAAUGAGUGUCGAGCGAGAUAUUCGUUUUGAAUUGCUUGCACGUCUGUGUCCCAAUAGCACUGGUGCCGAAAUCCGAUCUGUUUGCACUGAGGCUGGCAUGUAUGCUAUUCGUGCUCGACGCAAAGUUGCUACUGAAAAAGAUUUCCUUGAUGCCGUUGGCAAAGUUAUUAAAUCUUAUGCUAAAUUUUCAGCCACUCCUAAAUACAUGACUUACAAUUGAGUCAUUAUUCAUUUAUCGUUCAUUGAAAAUUAUAUAAUCAUAUCUUGUACUUGCUUAUUAUAAUUUGUCAAAUGUAAUAAAAAAACGAGUGGAUUCAUUAAAAAUGAUAAAUGAGA